AUGUUCGCACAGAUCUUUCUACUUCUCAUCUUGUCCAUGCUAUCCGCCGCUUUGCCAGCACCGGAAGGGGCAAGGGAGUAUUAUAUCCGCGACUCCAACGGCCAAUAUCUGUCUUCAUAUCACAUCCAAGCUGGUGCCUCGGAUGCGGUUCUUGUUCCGGACGUGGAGCGUGCAAGCAAGGGAUUCUUGAGCGGGUCAAAUCAAAUGAUUAGCAGUGAGUCGGAAAUAUCAUGGGGAAUGGUUUUGAACGCGCCGAAAUAUUCUCAAUGGGCAAAUGUCCAGAUUAGGGCCGGCGACACAACCGACGGGUUCUUCCUUGAUGGCGACCGGCUGUUAUGGCGAGACGACGAUGAGUUUCGUGGAUGGCUAGGUAAGAAUUUCCCCAAAGGAAUGCACCCUAGCGACUUGGAGUCCCCUUCUUGCCAGGCCGGUAAACGCUCACAGUUGAUCUGCUGA